CGCGAUCACGAGAACAGCUUCGUUUAAAAAGAUUUCACUCGCGAGUGUUUCAAGAAAAAGCCCAAAAAACGAAACGGAAUUUUAGCCUCAACAUUUUGAUAAGAUUAUCUGUGCAUAUCGCGUGAACUAGAAAGAUAAUGCAAGCAGGUGGUUGUGUUUGAAACAGCUACACUCUCCACCGGCCGAAGCAACAGCGUGUAUCUGCAUCUGAACCGAACGUUUUCGUUCCUUGCUCCGUUCUACCAGGGUCCGCAAAAAAUGGCUUAUCAAGGAGGAUAUUACCAAGAUCCUAAUCAACCCUACUACGGUGGAGGAUAUCCGCCGCAGCCCGGCUAUAACCCGAACUAUCCGCCGCAACAGCCCGGCGGUUAUCCACCACAGCCUGGUUAUCCACAGUCUGGCUACCCACAGCCCGGUUAUCCGCAACCUGGUUACCCGCAACCCGGUUACCCACAAGAUCCAUCUUACCCGGGAGGAUUCAACCCCGGCUAUCCGCCACAACCAGGCUUCGCCCAACCAGCGCCACCGAACAUGCCGACCGCAUACGGUACCGGGUACGAUCCCGAAACGGGCAGUGUGAAAGGGUUCGAGUUUAAUGAUCAAUCCAUUCGCCGCGGAUUCAUACGCAAGGUGUAUUCCAUUCUCACGGCACAACUGUUGAUAACGCUUGGUUUUAUAGCACUGUUUCUGUACCACCGACCGACCCAGCUAUGGGUUCAAAACCAUCAGGAAAUGUUCUGGAUUGCACUGGGCGUAAUGAUCGUGACACUGAUCUCGAUGGCUUGCUGUGGCAGUGUGCGCCGGAAGGCUCCGAUGAACUUCAUUUUCCUCACACUUUUCACACUUGCGCAAGCAUUUCUGCUUGGUGUGUCGUCGGCCAGGUUCAGCCGUGAGGAGGUAAUGUUAGCGGUUGGCAUAACAGCGGCCGUGUGUCUCGGACUGACACUGUUUGCCUUCCAAACGAAAUGGGACUUUACCGUGAUGGGCGGCGUUCUGUUCGUUGCCGUGCUGAUUCUGAUGCUGUUCGGACUGCUUGCUAUCUUCAUCCCGGGAAAAACCAUGACGCUGGUGUACGCGUCGGCCGGUGCCCUGAUAUUCUCCAUCUAUCUCGUGUACGACACCCAGCUGAUGAUUGGUGGCGAGCACAAGUACUCGAUCAGCCCGGAGGAGUACAUCUUUGCCGCGUUGAAUCUGUACCUGGACAUCGUGAACAUUUUCCUGUACAUUCUCACCAUCAUUGGUGCGACGCGGGAUUAAGUGAGUUUGUUUAUACUUUUAUUUCCGCCCACACGGACUGUUUGCGCCGUCAUGCAUUCCUAACGAACCAAGAGUACUAAUGGUCCCGGUUACAAAGGGAAAAUAAGAAUGUUAACCUACCUAUCUGAAUCUAAGCCCUGUAAUAGUUUUCUGUCAUUGUUUGUCGACUGGAAAUAAUCAUCCUAUCGAACAAUCAAGCUUGUUGUAAAAUCUAGUUUAGUUGAGAGUUACAAAAACAAAUUUUGACCAUACGAGAGCUUGGAGUGGUUUGUUAUUGGUAAACUUAUCCCCAAUAGAGGCUAUUACGAAGAACGAAUCUCAGACGAUGGUUCUUUCUUCUUUUUUUAUGUAAGCCGUCGCCAACAUGUCUUAAAUGGACAGAUUUUGUCUUACUUCGAAUGUUGCCUCUACGUCGAUACAAACAAUCCUUGAUGUCAUCAAAUAAAAAUCCAAUGAUACAAAAAUAAUAAAUUUUUAUGUGGACUACCCCAGACAGCUUUGAACUUACCUUUAGCGAUUUGUUUCGGUCCAUCUAUAUGAUGGCUUAUGAAGGCUACGAGUUCCUAUUGCCGCGCUACCACCGACACAACGUACUAUAUUUUUACGAUGAUACAGAACGGUUUGUACAACACAACCUAAUUAAAGUAUUAUCAAAUGACUUAAACAUCCACAGAACACAAAACACAGUUAAACAAAUAGACCUCUUUUUUUCUGGUCCAAAUCAGAAAUAUCCUGCUAAAAUAUUGAAAGAGUACUACAGCUUGCUUUACUUAUGAUACCGGCUAUGAAAGCUUUCAUUUUGUGAUAUGAUUUUUAUAACUUGAAACACGACCACAUCGAUCAGAAUCGACGAAGAGGAAAGAAUGUGAACCUUUUUUUGGUUUUGUUUUUUUUUAAUGCAUUCGUUAACCGUUUUGCAAAGUCUAAUACCAAAUAUUUUACAAUAUAUAAGAAUCAACCAAUUUAAUGUUUGCUUUACAAGCACCAGCUUCACGUCUGGCGUCAAGUCUGGCAGUGAGGCAUCGGACUCAUAAAAAGUAUAUAACACGAAGAUGGGUCAACUUUCAGGCUCUUAAAAACUAUACCAAAAAAAUAUUCAAAUUGUGACCUGCCGUCGCAAACUCGAGGCGACACUAUUAUUGCGCUGUGCAACAGCUGAAUGCGCCGAAACGAAAAUAACAGCCAAUCUGUUCUGUAGUUGCCAUUAUAAAUAAGUGUCGGCAGACACCGAGCAGGUCGUGCAAACUAGCGACCCUCACUACAAGUGUAUAUAAGGUUCUAACAUUGGUUACAUCAAUAAUAUUUAACAACAAGCGCGUGCGGUGCUUCAAGGGAGCUGUUGAAUAAAUCAACCUACAAUAUGUAAUAAGUAGCUUUGCAAUGUGUUUUGGAAUUGGGGAUAUUUUUUAGCUAGUCCGAUGACAAUAGAGAAACCACUCGAUGAUCAAAUGAUUAAUUGAAACUCUUCGACCAGCGGUAUACGUUUGAUGAAUUUAUCAUGUCCAACUAUAACCUUUGCAAUUUACAAUUCAGUAAUAAA